AUGGUCACCGUCCUCAUCGGUAAUAAAUGCGACUUAUCUGAUCAACGAGAAGUUCAAAAGCAAGAAGGUGAAGACUUUGCCCGUGAACAUGGAAUGAUAUUCAUGGAGACGUCAGCAAAAACAGUCGUUAAUGUCGAAGAAGCAUUUAUCAAGACAGCUUGUGAAAUUUGCAAUAAAAUUAAGAAAGGCGGUUUUGAUCUCACAAAUGAAAUGUGUGGCAUAAAAGUUUGUCGCAAACAGCCGAUUGAAGAUCCAGAUACUAGUGGUAAUCCAAAUUCAAAUCGAAGUAGUGCUUGUUGUAUGAAAAAUUGA